UUUAACGACUAUAGAUUCAAUAUCAGGAAAAAGAAAAAAAGAGAAUGUUGCCUGCCAUGUGCUCCUCUGCCUCUUCCUCCGUUGGUAACUCCAUUGCAAAUUGUGGCGAAAGAGGAGAGAUCAUGCUUUUUGGAGUCAGACUGGUGGUUGAUUCGAUAAGGAAAAUUGUUAGUAUGAACAAUCUUUCUCAAUAUGAACAGCCUCGCGAAUCUAAUAAUAACAACAAAAUCGGUGACAAAUAUAAAGGAGACGAGUACGUCACCGCCGAUUAUGCCUCUGCCGACGAUGUUAUUCCUCAUUCCACCAAGAAUCGAGAGCGCAAGCGAGGGAUACCGUGGACCGUGGAAGAGCACAAGUUAUUUUUGUUAGGAUUACAAAAAGUGGGGAAAGGGAAUUGGAGACGGAUUUCUUUAUACUUCGUGAAAACUCGAACCCCAACUCAAGUGGCCAGUCAUGCUCAAAAAUACUUUCUCCGACAAAGCAAUAUCAAUCGCCGCCGUCGUCGUAGAUCUAGCCUCUUCGAUAUGACCCUCGAUAUGGUGGAAGAUGAGCAAAUUCAGCCACAAGAGAACAUUUGUUUUCCUGAUCUUAACUUGAACUUGAAUUCAGUCGCCGAGGGUCCGCCGUUGAAUUUAAAGUUGUCUUUACAAUCUGAUCAAGGGGAUCCCUCAUCAUCAUCGAGGCAUUCUGCUUUUCAGGUGCUGCCAAGCUUCAGCAACGGAGAUGGCACUAACGUCGUCACUGUUGCCUGAGAAAUGAUACAUGAAAAAGAAAAUGUAAAAGGUAGGAAACUGAAAUUGAAACCUUUGGUUUUUGAUGUAGAGACUAAAAGUAAACGAACAAAAAAACCGUCAUGUCUUGUUAGUUUUGUCUUCUUGUUUUCUGUUGCUAUUGCUCUUGUGCUAAA